AUGGCCAACCAAUCGCCACUACGCAUCGCAGUCCUCAUCAACACACCUCCUGGUAAUGAGUUCUGGAACGAUGUCCGCGGGUCUUAUCAAGAUGCCUUUGAUGUUAUUGCACCAAACGCCAAAGUCGAUAUGUACGAUCCCGUGUUUGAAGGAAGUUUCCCCGAUCCUCAAGAGUAUGACUUGAUCGUCUUGAGUGGAGGGAAAGCCGAUGCCUCAUCCUCGGAGCCCUGGGUCCUUGGUGUUUUAGACUUCCUCCGUAGGACUGCGCGGGAGUCACCAAAGACUAAGAUCCUGGGUAUCUGCUGGGGCCACCAAGCUAUAUCAAGAGCAUUUGGCGGAGAAGUACGAGCAGUGCCUACGGGACCCAUUGCCGGCCUUGAAGAUGUGAAGUUGACCGAAGCUGGAAUGAAGUUUUUCUCUACCCGAUCCGGUGUUAAGACCUACAGGUUACCGGAGUUUCAUGUACGAGAGGUGGCCCGUGCUCCGUUCUGGAGCAAACGAAUCUAG